GAAGCGCGCGUUUUUCUCUGGCUGGACACCUGGCCGGGAGACUGGGACCGGAAAGCGGCCGGGAGGUUUUAGCGCGCGGCGUUGCAGGCGCUGUGAGGAGGGCACCCGGUUCCGGAGUGUGUGUCCAGCCAUGCCGGCGCAGCGCCCCGGGAGCAGCGGCGGGUCCGUAGCUCCAGAUAUGGUUGAACAGCCGGAGACUGCCGUGAUUACCCCAGCCAUGGUAGAGGAGGAAGAACAGCUUGAAGCUGCUGGGCUAGAGAGAGAGAGGAAGAUGCUAGAAAAGGCUCGCAUGUCUUGGGAUAGAGAGUCCAUGGACAUUCGAUAUCGUAGACUUCAGCAUUUGCUUGAAAAAAGCAAUAUUUACUCCAAAUUUUUAUUGACUAAAAUGGAACAGCAGCAGUUAGAGGAACAGAAGAAGAAAGAGAAAUUGGAGAGAAAAAAGGAAUCUUUAAAAGUUACUAAGGGUAAAAAUUCCAUUGAUGCAAGUGAGGAGAAUGCAGUUAUGAGAAAGAAAAGAGGAAGAGAAGAUGAAUCAUACAAUAUUUCAGAGGUCAUGUCAAAAGAGGAAAUUUUGUCUGUGGCUAAGAAAAGUAAAAAGGAGAAUGAGGAUGAAAGCUCCUCUUCUAAUCUCUGUGUAGAAGAUCUUCAGAAAAAUAAAGAUUCAAAUAGUAAAAUUAAAGAUAGAUUAUCUCAAACGGUUAGGCAAAAUACUAAAUUCUUUUUUGACCCAGUUCGGAAAUGUAAUGGACAGCCAGUACCCUUUCAGCAACCAAAACACUUCACAGGAGGAGUGAUGCGAUGGUACCAAGUGGAAGGCAUGGAAUGGCUUAGGAUGCUUUGGGAAAAUGGAAUUAAUGGCAUUUUAGCAGAUGAAAUGGGAUUGGGAAAGACAGUUCAGUGCAUCGCUACAAUUGCAUUGAUGAUUCAGAGAGGAGUACCUGGACCUUUUCUCGUCUGUGGCCCUUUGUCUACACUUCCUAACUGGAUGGCUGAAUUCCAAAGAUUUACACCAGAAAUUCCUACUAUGUUAUAUCAUGGGACCCAGCAAGAACGUCGAAAAUUGGUAAAGCAUAUUCACAAACGGAAAGGGACAUUGCAGAUUCAUCCUGUGGUGAUCACUUCAUUUGAGAUAGCCAUGAGAGACCGAAAUGCAUUACAGAAUUGCUACUGGAAAUACUUAAUAGUAGAUGAAGGACACAGGAUUAAGAACAUGAAGUGCCGCCUAAUCAGGGAGUUAAAACGAUUCAAUGCGGAUAACAAGCUUCUUUUGACUGGUACUCCUUUGCAAAACAACUUAUCAGAGCUUUGGUCAUUGCUGAACUUUUUGUUGCCAGAUGUAUUUGAUGACUUGAAAAGCUUUGAAUCUUGGUUUGAUAUCACUAGUCUUUCUGAAACCGCUGAAGAUAUUAUUGCUAAAGAAAGAGAACAGAAUGUAUUGCAUAUGCUGCACCAGAUUUUAACACCUUUCUUAUUGAGAAGACUAAAAUCUGAUGUUGCCCUUGAAGUUCCUCCUAAACGAGAAGUAGUUGUUUAUGCACCACUUUCAAAGAAACAAGAGAUCUUUUACACAGCCAUUGUGAACCGUACAAUCGCAAACAUGUUUGGAUCCAGCGAGAAAGAAACAGUUGAGCUGAGUCCCACUGGACGACCAAAACGGCGAACUAGAAAGUCAAUAGAUUACAGCAAAAUAGAUGAUUUCCCUAAUGAAUUGGAAAAACUGAUCAGCCAAAUACAGCCAGAGGUAGACCGAGAAAGAGCUGUUGUGGAAACAAAUAUCCCUAUAGAAUCUGAAGUUAAUCUGAAGCUGCAGAAUAUAAUGAUGCUACUUCGUAAGUGCUGUAAUCAUCCAUAUUUGAUUGAGUACCCUAUAGACCCGGUCACACAGGAGUUUAAGAUUGAUGAAGAGUUGGUAACAAAUUCUGGGAAAUUCUUAAUUUUGGAUCGAAUGCUGCCAGAACUAAAAAUCAGAGGUCAUAAGGUGCUGCUUUUUUCACAAAUGACAAGAAUGUUGGACAUUUUGAUGGAUUACUGUCACUUUAGAGAUUUCAACUUUAGCAGGCUUGAUGGAUCCAUGUCUUAUUCAGAGAGAGAAAAAAAUAUGCACAGCUUCAACACAGAUCCAGAUGUGUUUAUCUUUUUAGUGAGUACACGAGCUGGUGGUCUGGGCAUUAAUUUGACUGCAGCAGAUACUGUUAUCAUUUAUGAUAGUGAUUGGAACCCCCAGUCUGAUCUUCAGGCCCAGGAUAGAUGUCAUAGAAUUGGUCAGACAAAGCCAGUUGUUGUAUAUCGUCUUGUUACAGCAAAUACUAUUGAUCAGAAAAUUGUGGAAAGAGCAGCUGCUAAAAGAAAACUGGAAAAGUUGAUCAUCCACAAAAAUCAUUUCAAAGGUGGUCAAUCUGGAUUAAAUCAAUCUAAGAACUUUUUAGACCCUAAGGAAUUAAUGGAAUUAUUAAAAUCUAGAGAUUAUGAAAGGGAAGUAAAAGGAUCAAGAGAGAAGGUCAUUAGUGAUAAAGACCUGGAGUUGUUGUUAGAUCGAAGUGAUCUCCUUGAUCAAAUGAAUGCCUCAGGACCAAUUAAAGAGAAGAUGGGGAUUUUCAAGAUACUAGAAAAUUCUGAAGAUUCCAGUCCUGAAUGUUUGUUUUAAAUUGGAGCUAAAAGAAUGUCUGUAAAAAGUUCUUGUUUACAUCUAGUGAUCUCUAUUGGUGUUUAAAUCCAGAUUUUUCACUCUACUUCUUUGAUUAUAUCAGUUUACAUAAUAUAACUUGUACCAUUGCAUAAGUUUCUGAGCCUUAUUAAGAGCAAAGACAUAUUCAUAGUAAGUUUCAGUUAAUUUUUCAGACUCGAUAGUACUCUUGGGUAUAGGCUGAUGUGUCCUUAACCACUGCCAGAUUUAUACAGUCUUCCUGUGGAAGUUUAAUGUCUUUCCCCCACCCUCCUUUUUAGCAGUACAGUUCAUGGGUUUUUGGUACUUCAGUUAUGGAGUAGGCUUUGGAUGGGGGAAAGAUUGGAAUUAUACUGUCUAUUGUUUAAAUAAGAAAUGGUUUGAUUUUUAGGGUCUUUCUAUAAAAUAGUUUGCCAAAUAAAUGUUUGUUAUAAGAUGAUCUCAUCAGAUUAUUUUUUCAGAUAAAUAAUGGCUCAGGUGAAAUAAUAGCAAAAGUCUUGACUGGCAUUGCGAUUCAACAUUAUGGUAACUCUUGUUUCAUUUCAUUAGUACUGUACACAUAUGUCAUAUAAAGAUUUCAACUGGACCUUGGAUCUAUGCAGAGAAAGCUCUGGAAGAAAUUAGACUUAGGAAUAUAAGUAACACAAGAUCCAUAACAGGAGCAAAAUGGGAACCAUUUAGGCCCUGUAUGUAUAUGAAAAUUGAAUGCUCCCUGAACCAUACAUUUUUGUGUACGUUGUUAUUCUUGCUGCCAUGUAUAUUCAAAUGUAGAUGAGAUUCUCUCUGCCUUAGGGUAAUGGAACCUGGGACUCAGAAGAAAACCUAUUUUGAGAGAAUAUUCAGCCAAAGGAAAGAAUAGACUACAGAGUGGAUUUUUUUCAAAGUGGAAAUGUUUACCAAUCACUGACACAUCGUUAUUGUAACCUUGGUUGCUUAGUAGUCAUACUACGUUUUCCUAAUCCAUUCUCUUACAUUGAGCUCAAAUGAUUAUUUCAUGGGUUUAUUUCUGUCCUCACAUUUCUAAUACCUCCUCCCUCUGGGCUUGCUCCCUGUCCACACAGAGAAAAUAAAAAUGAUGAGAAAAGAACUUGCCACCACUGCAUCUGUAAGCCUACCAGCAUCUGUGCCCAUGUAUUGUUUACCUUUAUGGAUAUAGUCUGUCCUAGCUAGAGCCAACAGAAAGGCCCCAUUUCUUGUUUUACAGCAAACUCCUUGAAAAGUCUGUAUUCACUGACUUGUUUCCCUUCCAUUUUUUUCCUAAACCCAUUCCAGUCAGAUUUUUUAAGUCUCCAGUGACCUCUACGACCUCAUUUACUUGAUCUUUCAGCAGCAUUUCACAUAGUUGUUUAAUUUCCACUAAACCCUUUCUUUUGUUUGCUAGGUUUUCAGCAAACACAGUUGCCUGGUUCUUCUUACUUCUCUGGUUCUUUCUCAGUCUCCUUUGCUAUUUUUUUCUUAUGUCUUUGACUCCUUAACAUUAGAAUCUCCCAAGCGGGUUCCCUUGAUGAUUUUGUUGCUUUAAAUGCCAA